AUGGGCAGCGCCCACCGCGCGCAGCCGUUCAGCCACCACCGCGACAAGUACGCGACUCAUCAGUUCUUCCGCGCGAACUGGAUCGCGGAACCUUACAAAGAGAGGGUCGGGAGGUACAAGACGUUGCGAGCGGAGAGGGUGAAGAAGAGGGAAGCUGGGUGGCAGGAUACGAAGCUGUUCACGCCGUACGAGAACAAGAUCUACUUUGAUGAGAGCAAAAGCAGUGCGCCGAACCCGGAACUGUGGGCGCAGGCGCCGAGCAAUCCUCGGGCGGGGAAGAAGAUCAAGAUGAAGGGCAAGCACGGAGCGGCGUGUGGUGCAUACUCCUACACGGGCGGUAGUGGUGAUUCAGGAGGCGGUGGUUGUGUUGGUGGAAGCAGUGGUGAUGGAGGUGGUGGUGAUGAUGGAGGUGGACGAGGAUGUGGCGAGGGAUGUGGUGGUGGCUCUUGGGUCAACUCGAAGCUCUUGCUGGGUGCAUAA